AAAACUGCCGGGAAAACAGUUGGCUGAAGCCCGUUGUCACAGCCAACGCGAACGGGUGUAGCAAUUCCUGCGUUUGCAAACCACAGAAGAAACACACAAGUCAUGUAAUCUUUUGGAUCCAUACAUUCCUCUAGUUUCUCGAAAAAUAAGGUUGUUACACUCUUACUGUCUCUAGCGUAGGAUAUCGUAAUUUCAAAUUAAUUAAUUUGCAGCAAUGUCAAGGAGAUCAUCAAAACAUUCUCGGCGAUAUGGAGAGAGUGGAGGGAUAGGUGCUCUUUUUGGCUUCAAUUCCCAGCCACAUUCUUCCCCAUAUUUGCCCAUUGCACCUAUUCUCCUGGGAGCAGUCUUUCUUUUUGCUUAUUUAUACAGCAGUCCAGGACAAUUUGGCGGCAACAAACAGGCUUUUAACAGGGUUCAAGGUGAUUUUUCAUGCACUGUUGAGGUUCAAGAAGCAAUCCCAAUUUUGAAGAAGGCUUAUGGAGAUAGCACGCACAAAGUUUUGCAUAUGGGCCCCAAUACUUGUUCUGUGGUUUCUCACUUGCUAAAAGAAGAGGAGACUGAAGCCUGGGGUGUCGAACCAUAUGACAUAGAGGACGCUGAUGGUAACUGCAAGGCACUUGUGAGGAGGGGUAUCGUGCGCGUUGCUGAUAUCAAGUUUCCUCUUCCUUACAGACCAAAAUCAUUCUCUCUUGUAAUUGUGUCAGAUGCUGUGGAUUACUUGUCACCUAGAUACCUCAACAAGACAAUUCCAGAUCUGGCUAGGGUAUCAGCUGAUGGUCUUGUAAUAUUUACAGGCCUUCCAGGUCAACACAGAGCUAAAGUUGCAGAAGUGACCAAAUUUGGAAGGGCGGCUAAAUUGAGGAGCUCGGCUUGGUGGGUACGGUUUUUUCUUCAGACUAGCUUAGAAGAAAAUGAAGCUGCCAUUAAGAAGUUUCAGCAGGCUGCAACAAAGAGCUCAUACCACCCAAAUUGCCAAAUUUUCCACCUCAAGUCAUUCAAUUGAGAUCAUAUUUAUGCACCAUCAUUUUAAUUGUAAUUUUCCAACUCAAGCAAUACAAUUGAUGUCUUCUGCAUAAUCACUGUCAACAUCGUUGUCUAUGCAUCUAAAUCAUUUUUUU